AUGGCUCUGUGGUUUCUGUUCUCAUUCCUGACCGUGACUUUCGGCGAAGUUUCGGCGGAGCGCUUUGAUGAGUACGUCAAAGAUGCGCAGAGGGAGGAAGUGUUUACGCAGACGGGCAACGACCGGUUGCGGGCCGCUGUCAAAGAGGUCGAGGAGCAAAACGAGGACAAAGUUGUGCUGUACCAUGUGUUGCCGCUGAACGGCUACCUGAUGGCUUGGCUGGUGCAUGGCAUCACGUCCAAAGAGAGCCUGCAGUGGCAGAACACACCGGGCGUUUCUGCUGAGCUGAACUUCAGUCUCCGCCACUUUGAGCCUGGCAUGAGCUUUCCGUCCUUCACCCGGCACAAUGCAUCCCUCUGUUUUGCAGACUGGAAUAAAAAAGUGCGGGAGGCCGAUCCUAACACAGCGAAGGUCCUGGGCGAUGGCGAAUGGAGCAACUACUUCGGGUUCAGGUUCCCCUACAAGAUCACAUACAGCACGACAUCAAAGGAAUAUGAUGACUGCCAGGCCCUUGUCUAUUCUGAGCUGGUGGAGGACAACAACAAGAACGGCCCACUACUGGAGGAAAGAGCCCUGGCAAAUGCGCAUGUCAACACGGCCAAGCAGUUCGCCGAGUACUUGGACGACAAGGUCGGUGAAAAGUGGCAGGACACGCCUUUCCCCAGUGAACUGGCAGGAAUGACGACAGUAGGUGUCCAGGACAGACUUCUCGAUGCACAGAUCAACUUGCUUGGCCGUGCAGCCCUCGGGUCGAAGCAAGACAGAACACCAAGCAUGUGGGCUCACUUCACAUUCUCUGAGUGGGUGUAUGACGACUUGAAUGCCGACCAUGUGGCGCAGAGCAUCUGGCCAGAUUUUGGGGACAGAGCGCGUUUGCUAGAUCAAGUGCUUGACUCCUACAAGCUUUCACCAGCGAAACUCCAGAAGGUGUCCAACUUGCUGUCUUUGCUGAGAUGCGCAGCACAGAUGCGGUUUCCGAUCUACCAGGCGAACUUCCACCGGAGGACUGAAAUCAUGAAGCAUUGCUGGGAGGGAGAUCGCCAGCCUUUCCCACCGGACUUGCCGCUGAUGAGCCUCGAUGAUGUGGCAAGUAAGCGGACGAAGGAUGCGACCAGCGCCCUGCAAACUGGCGGCCUACCAACCCAGGAAGAGACGCGGGGCUUCUCGAGGGUCCUCUUGCAAGUGGUGCUGCCGAAGGACGUGGCCAAUGACCUGGCCUAUGUCAGCACAGACUGGUUGGACAAGACGGGCCCUCCGCCCGGUCACCAGCAUAAGGAUUGGAAAGGUGUCAGUUUCAUGGAUGCCUACAAAGUGUUGAAAAACACUGCGAAAGGUGACAAGGUCACUGCACGGGUGCUCGUGAAGCGGGACUGGAGUCUUGCACCCCCUGACACGACAGAGCCCGUGAAGAUCAUUGCCACGUCCAUGGUCUUUGCCGACCCGGAUUUUAUGGAGUUCGCCGCAAGCGUCCUCGAGGACAUCCGAAACUACGUGCUGCAGCAGCCAAUCAAUCCCAACAAAAAGAAAGCGGUAUGGCCAUCGUGGGUCCUCGAGCUCAAGGUCGUCGUGCCGGUGCUGUGUCUUGGGCUCUUGGCUUGUCUCGGAUACAUCGGAUACAGGCGCAGCAGUGCCCAGGCCCAGGCCAGAGACACUGCCACCAGGGAUGUGGAGCUACGACUUGCCUGA